CUAUUUUCGUUAAUAGUCAUUGGUUUUUUGCCAUAUCUAGCUUUUCAAAAUAUUACUUGUCAUUGUAUUACUUGCUUGUCGUGCCGAGAAUAUUCUGAAAAAUUAUGUUUCGAAACCAAUAUGAUAGUGAUGUUACAGUAUGGAGUCCGCAAGGGCGAUUGCACCAAGUCGAGUACGCAAUGGAAGCUGUUAAACUUGGAACUGCAACUGUUGGUUUAAAAAAUCGUGAUGUUGCUGUUUUGGUUGCCCUUUCUAAACCAUCAUCGGAGCUGUCAGCUUCUCAGCGUAAGAUUAUCCCAAUUGAUGAUCACUUGGGAAUAUCGAUCGCUGGCAUAACUGCUGAUGCUCGUGUGAUAAGCCGGUACUUGCGAUCUGAGUGCCUAAGUUACAAGCAUUCUUACGGCUCGGCUUAUCCUGUAUCCCGAUUGAUAACAAAUCUUGGUAAUAAGAUGCAAACGACCACCCAACGGUACGAUCGACGUCCGUACGGAGUGGGUCUGCUUGUUGGAGGCUAUGAUGAAAAGGGGCCUCAUAUAUACCAAGUUACACCGUCUGCAACUUUUUAUAAUUGCAAAGCUAACUCUAUUGGGUCUCGUUCACAAAGUGCACGUACAUAUUUGGAGAGGAAUCUAGACAAAUUCUUAAACUCUUCUAAUGAGGAAAUGAUAUGCCACGGAAUACAGGCGAUUCAUGGCUCCUUGCCUACAGAUGAACUUCAAAAUAAAAAUGAGGAUGCACCUCAAUUGAAUAUCACAAUUGCCAUUGUCGGAAAAGAUCAGCCGUUUAAAAUUCUUAACGAAGACGAAACCAAGACUUAUCUGACAAUGGCUAAGGAGAAAGGUGCUUCCGCUGAACCACCUAGGCCAGAUGAUGACGAGGCAAGCACAUCGAGACCAGAUCAACCAGACUCUGGACCAAGGGACCCAGAAGUAGCUGUCGCAACGGAGGAACUAUAAAAUGUGAAUUUUGAGACCGUAUGUCUAUCGAACAAUUUAAUAAAUGUCGGUGAAUGAAUUAAAAA